AUGCCUCCCAAACUCCGCGGCACGCUCUCCAAGAGCCUGUCGCAGAUCCAAGACUCCUCCUCUUCAUCAUCCUCCUCAUCAGUCUUCUACUGCCCGUCCUGUUCCACCUGGCGCCGCUCCCUCUCCUCGCGUCGAACCCGACUACAAUUACCACAGCAACAACAUCAACAACAAUCAUGGGCAUCCUUGCAGCGUAGCGGCAUUGCGACCACAUCCGUCGUCCACACAAGACAUAUCCCUCCCCGAUUGAAGGAUUUACAUGAAGCUCUGAACCGGGUCAAGGAUGUUGCGCCGGAACAGGUGAAUUUGAGUCGGUUGCAGCUUGCGUUGAGGGGAUUGGAGAGUGAGAAGCCAGUUGUUCGAGUUGCUGUUCUGGGUUUGAAUGAUGCGACUGCGGCGCGCAGACUGGUUCGGUUGCUGUUGGCGGACCCGUUGAAUUCGAGGGAGAGCUGGGAGGAUGCGUUGGAUGCGUAUGGUGAAGAUACGGAGAGGGGUUUGUUGAUUCGGUACGGCGAAGUCUCCGAAACAAUCCCCAACGAUCUACUUCCUACGAUCUCAGUUCCCUCGCCCAUUUUGAAGAAGGGAAAUUUGGAAAUCCUCGUUACGACACUUGGUGCCGAGUCGGCAGGCGUCGCGGAUGCUACUCAGUCUCACCCAUUUACGGCUGACACCUUCCUCGUGCCCACGGUUACGAUCCGCACGUCGCAUUCCGGCCGGCAUAAUAUGGUGCGCUAUCCCGUGCAUCGCAGUAUCGUGUGCGGUAGCGGUGUCGAUGGAUUCCUGGCGUAUAGCGGGUUGAUGGCACGGUCGGACUUGAAGAAGGAAGCUGUGUCGGUCUUUGGGGCUAUUGAGCUGGCGGUCACGGAGCCACAGAAGUACGAUGGCCGGGUUGCGUUUGUGGAUAUUGACAAGGCGGAUGAGGCAUUGGCGAAGUUCCGCGAGUCGGUGCAGAAUGCUUCUCUCUACGAACGUGGCUGGAACAGCAGUGGUGUGCAGCCGGUGGUGGACUGGUUGUCUUCGCUGCGAGCUGAGGAAGGGACGCUGGAUCCGUCCUUGCGGACGUUGAUCACGUCUCUUCUGGAUGCCGCGGAAGCGGGUGCCGCCGCUGCCGAGAAGAGGAAGCUGCUGGAGCAAGAAAGCGGCGCUGUGUCGUGGGAGACUCGCGAUGUGCUUGAGCGGUCUGUGUCCGAGUGGGCGGAGCGCGGGCACACGGAGCUCCGCAGCUCGCUUGAGGAAGGUUUUGCCAGCAAGCCGUGGCGCGGACUGGCGUGGUGGAAGCUGUUCUGGCAUGUGGACGACGUCGGGAUGAUCACGUCGGAGAUCCUGGACCGGAAGUACCUGCGCCAGGCCGAAAAGGAGGUCAUCUGGACUGCCGGCCGGUUCCAGCAGGCCGGAUUGACCGAUGCGACUCCCAUGCAAGAGGAGCAGACGUCCUGGCCAGCGCAGAUCGCGACUAGUCGUCGCCGGCUCAUGGAGACGACAGUGCCGUCGCUGCAGGCCUUGGCGCAGCGUCUGGUCUUCUUCAGCAUGUCCACGACCACCUUGACCUCGGCAUUGUCGGCGCUAACCUACGUUUCGCUGCCGACUGCCACCAUCUACGAGACCUGCACGAUGGCCGCUAUCGGACUGAUCUACUCGCUGCGCAACCAGCAGCGCAAAUGGGAGUCCGCGCGACACUGGUUUGAGAACGAGGUACGCGAAGACGGCCGCACCGCGCUGCUGGAAACAGAGACGCAGCUGCGCGAGACCGCCCGCGAGGGUGGCCGACAAGUCGAAGAAGUGACGGCGGAGAAGGACGCCAGAGAGACGAUUGAGCGCGCACGCACAGCUCUGGAGGAGGUCAACUAG